GCUCGACCGCCUGACCUGCACACAUCUUCUUCUCAAUCGCAAUGCGCAAGCUGCCACCAGCUGCCGCUGGUAAAAAAAAAAUAUCAAUCACGCUGCUGAUCGAUGAUCUCCUCUCCUCUCCUUUCUUCCCUCCCCACGUCAAACCAAGGACGCCCUUGAAAGCGGAUAGGAGGCAAAGGGCACUGAACCAAACAGCCUCUCUGUAUUGCUGUCCUGCAAAGGCGCGACGGUGAGGCGCUUCUUGUUACUCUCCUCCUCCAACCUUCUUCGCUCCCCCCAUGAAUUCCAGCAGGAGCCUCCUCUCGUCGCCCCUCUUUGCAAGCUCAUCUCCAAACUUCAGGAGCAAUACUUCUAUCCCUUCCUCCCCGUCCCCAUCACGAACCUCAGUUCCCAUGAUACAUGACAACACCGGAAGAGCAUCGACGUCGUGCCACUACUCACCGUCGCUUGUAGCAGAAGAGCAGCUUCAUGGUUCCAAGGAUGCAUCAACCUUGAAGGGUGAAAAGGCUUUGCUUGAGCUGCUGCUCGACAUGGCUCUGGACCAGCAUGUCAACGGAAAGAAGCUCAUUAGUCAAGAGACAGAAGAUAGUGAUUUUGAGAGCUAUUUAAGAGAUGCAACAAGCCGAUUGCUUUACCAGCCAGCAUUUAUUGAAGGGGGUGAUUCUACUUCACAAAGCUCUUCAGCAUCAACUGCGGAACCCGUUGGGAGUUUGGACCUUGGCGCACCUUCAAUGACACCGACAGAGGAGGUGAUGUCGCCAGCAGAAGAAUCGAGCACUUCACCCGCCCAGUUGGAUGUACCACAGCUUCACCGUGUGGACCCAGGCCUCUCAUAUGAGGAACUGCUGGGCAACGGUCAGGUGUUCGUUAGGUCCAAAAGGUUACUUGAGAGGAGAUCAAAGAAACGUAAGGUUCCCAGAGCAUCAAGUAAUGACGCUCUAUGCAGUGUUGUCAACUCAAAGAAGAAAGAGAAGCCAAAGAAGUUUGGCAGAGUUCUUGAACCAGAUGCGCCUUUUAAGUUGUUUCUGCGGGAUCGCGAGACGACAGAAUUCUUGACAGCAAAAGAGGAGAAGCAAAUGUUCAGUCAAAUACAGAAUCUUAUGAAACUAGAGGAGGCUCAGCGCAAAUUAGAAGUUCAAUGCGGCCGUGAGCCGACAGUUGGAGAGUGGGCUGAAGCUGUAGGAAUGAGCUGCAGGGAGUUGCAGUCCUCUAUUCGUAUUGGAAGAAGAUGCCGAGAGAAGAUGGCUCGCUCCAACUUCCGUCUUGUGAUACAUGUAGCCAGGAAAUACGAGGGAUAUGGUCUUGACAUUCAGGACCUAGUUCAGGAUGGAUGCUGUGGGUUGAUGAAGACCUUUGAGAAAUUCAAUCCAAGCAAGGGGUGUAGAUUCCCCACCUACGCAUACUGGUGGAUACGCCAAUCAAUUAAAAAGUCCAUUUUCAAGAAUUCAAGGCUAAUCCGAUUGCCGGAGAGUGUGUUUGCGCUUUUGAGGAAAGUCGGGAAAGCAAGGCUGGAGUGCAUAAUGGAAGGGGAGCAGCCCACAAAUGAAAACGUGGCAAGGCGUGCUGGCAUCACAAUUGAGAAGCUGGCAAGACUGAGAGCAAAGACCAGAAAACCACGGUCGAUGCAAGACCGGGUUUGGUCAGAUGACGGUGUCACAUACCAGGAGAUCACAGAGGACCCCAACGUUGAGCCCCCGGAGCUGAGCGUGGACAGGCUGAUGAUGAGGCAGCAGGUCCGCAACUUCCUGGGGAUCCUGAACCCCAGGGAGAAGGAGAUCAUCGAGCACCGCUUCGGAAUCCGCGACGGGGAGCCCAAGACACUUCAUGUGAUCGGCGACAUGUACGGGCUGUCAAAGGAGAGGAUCCGGCAGGUGCAGAACAAAGCACUGGACAAGCUGAAAAGGAGCGUAUCGGCACAGGGGUUUGACGUUUACUUUGAUUUGCUAACGUGAAGAUCAGAGGCCAGAAAAAACUUGGUUUCCGUUCCAUUGUUGAUGUUGAUACCCCCUCCCCCCACCCAAAAAAAAAAUACAAAGGGAUUUUAGCAGCAGGUAGACUUGUAUACGCCCCCAAAUUAAAGCCAGUGAAUGACCAUGACCAUGUAAAGGAAGCAAAAAUAAUGCAGUAUUUCUUGUGCUGUACUCCUGUGAAGUGUCCGAUCCGAUGGAGGCAAUGCAAUGCAAGAACCACCGGCACCAAGUGUAGUGUAUUGUUGGAAGCAUGCAAGCAAAUGCUGGAAGCUUGCUAGUCCAUGAUAGCUCCAACUCAUCCCCUGAUCAGACAUCAUUACAGAGUAGGAUUCCUAUUACUAAAUGAUGAUACAGCAUCGAUCUGCUGCGCUUUGACUGA